CCUAACGGAAAUUUUGCAAAGAGAAAGAAUGAACUUGGCGGUGAGUUCUCAGCUCGGACGAGAACUACUGGUGACUGGAAGGGAAGCUGAUUUUGCAAUACGGCGUCGUCGAGCUCUGAAAAGAGUUGACAAAGAGCUUUCGAGAGGCAAUUUUAAAGCUGCUCUCAAUCUUGUGAAGCAGUUACAGGGCAAGCCCAAGGGUCUUCGUGGCUUCGGUGCCACCAAACAGGUUCCUAGAAGGUUGAUAUCGAUGGAUGAAUUAGAGCUAAAUGCCGUGGAAUUAUCAUCUAUCAGAUCGUUGUUUGAUUCGGUUAUGGAUUCAAUUGAAAGUUGUAGUCGGUUUGAUUCAUUAGAUGAGGUUCCAAGUGAUAGGGUUGAAAGCUUGGUGGAAGAUGAAGGCUAUGAGUCUCUUUGUGAAGAGGAUUAUUCCAUGUGCAUGCAACAUGAAGCUGGUCAUUUUCUUGUUGGCUACUUGCUAGGGGUUCUUCCCAAAGGUUAUGAGGUACCAAGCACAGAAGCUCUGAGGCAGGAUGAAUUCGCUGCCGGAAGAGUAAAAUUUGUGGGUUUUGAAUUUCUUAAAGAAGUUUAUAUUCCAAGGAUGCUAAAGACAGAUAUUGGUCAAGUAAGCAAUAGGAUUUUGAACAACUUUUCAUGCAUAAUUUUAGGAGGCUUAGUGGCAGCACACUUGGUAUUUGGAUGCUCAAAGGGCCAUCAUUCUGAUAUUGACAAGCUGGAAAGAGUAUUCAAAUGGUUGGGCUACAGAAAGGGUGAAGCUAUCUCUCAAGUGAAAUGGGCUGCUCUGAACACCGUUUUAAUUUCACAUCGCAACAGUGAAGCUAGAUCAAGACUAGCCAAGGCCAUGGCAGCCGGAAGAUCAGUCUGCUUAUGUAUCGAAACUAUAGAAAACGCCAUACAUGGAAAAGAAAUCUAGCUAAUUUAAGGAUGACACGUUAUAUUAUAUUUUACUGAGUUGCAUAUUCUACCUAGACGGCAAGGCAGAAACAGCUUGCAAGGGUUUUUACUUCAAUGAUGAAAGCUCUCACCCACUGCCAUCCUCUUGCCUUUUUUGCUUAUUGGAAGGAUAUUGAUCGAACUGGUUGAUUCAAUAACUUAAACUCUAAAUCCUAAACCUUUUUUGGCCCUGAAGUU